UAUCAACACGGCCGAUAGCUUUAUGCUAUUUGUAAUCUACACAGUAACAUUCAAGGCUUUAUUAUAUCUCUACGUUCGAUUGUAGAAAAACAACAUCAGUAUGGCCUGAUUGGCUUAAACAUUGAGAAUUGGUAUAAAUAUCACAUCUGGGAUAACAACAAAGUCACUGAGUCCUGUAUCUUCACCCAAACAUCUAAAAUACAACAUAAUGAAAUCUUUAAUUUCUGUAAUAUUCGCAUUAUCCAUCGUUGCAGCAAUGUGCGACAGCGCUUUGGCUGCUUGUGGUCCCAACCAACAUGUGCCUGCGUGCCGCCCAUGCGCUGUAACAUGCGCUGAUCGUGACAAAAUAUGCACCACAGUUUGUACUCCCAACUCAAAUUGUUACUGCAAAAAUGGGUAUCUAAAAAAAGGAAACAGAUGUGUACCAAUAUCGCAGUGUUGAGGAUAACCGACUCUGUAUAAUUCUGUUAUAACUUGUCUAUAAUAAAAUACAUAUAUUCAAGCAA